AUGGAAGGAAUAGAAGAACAACGUGUGUGCGUAAAAUUUUGUUUUAAAUUAGGAAAAAGUUCGAGUGAAACUUUUAAACUUUUGCAGCAAGCUUUUGGAGAUGAUGUUCUGUCUCGGACAACAUGUUUUGAGUGGUUAAAACGAUUUAAGGAAGGUAGAACAUCCGUCAAGGAUAACGAACGACCUGGUAGACCAUCGACCAGUAAAACAAAUGAAACUGUUGCUCGUGUUCGUGAAAUUAUUCGAAAUAAUCGUCGAUUAACUAUCAGAGAAGUAGCAGAAGACGUCGGAAUAUCUUAUGGUUCGUGCCAAGAAAUAUUAACAAAAGAAUUGGGCAUGAGCCGAAUCGCAGCCAAAUUUGUUCCUCGCCUCUUAACCGAUGAACAAAAACAAAACCGAAAGACCAUCGCUCAAGAACUUUUUGAAAGAACAGAAAGUGACCAAGACUUUUAA